AUGGAGGAGAAAGCUGGACAGCUACUAUGUGGUGGUUUCCAAGGCACUAAGGUCACCUCACAAGCAUACAAAUUGAUUGUCGAACACAAGAUCUCAUCAAUGAUAUUGUCCCGUAAAAAUGCAGUUAAUGUGGAACAAAUGUCAAAGUUGAUCAAAGACCUACAGUACAUCGCAUACACCCAAGGUAACUACAAGUAUCCACUCAUGUUUGCCAUUGACCAAGAAGGUGGGAUUAUGAACUCAUUGUUUGAUCCCGAUUUCAUUACUCAGUACCCCAGUGCCAUGGCAAUGGCAGCAACCGGUGACCCACAAUUGGUGUACGAGAUAUCCAAAGCCAUAGCAAUAGAGUUGAAAAUGAUUGGUUUCAGUAUCAUAUUGGGGCCUGUAUUGGAUGUGGUGACAAAACUUUCGCACCAACUCGUGGGAGUAAGAAGUUUUGGGACCACGGUUGAUGAUGUACAAAAGUACGGUCUGAUGUGUGCAAAAGGUUUACGAGAUGGGGGCUUGUUUACGGUGGGGAAACACUUUCCUGGUAUAGGCAAUGCAACUGUCGAUUCGCUACUUGAGUUGCCCAUGAUGGGCGACACUUUGAGUCAAAUUCGACAAAACAAUGUUGUACCUUUUGCAAAAUUAAUUGAUGCAGGUUUAUUGAACGGAGUAAGUGUAGCUGGUUGUGGGGUGCCAAAUAUUAGCCCUGACGAGACGCAUGCGUGCUUAUCACCAGUUAUUAUCAAUCAACUAUUGAGACAAGAGUUGGGCUUCAAUGGGUUUGUCAUUAGUGAGUGCUUGGAGAUGGAAGCAUUGUAUCACUCCAUCGGGUUGGGUCAAGGAGUAAUUCUAGCCAUUAAUGCUGGUUGCGAUUUGGUAAUGGUUUGUCAUGACUUGAAGUUGCAAAAUGAAGCCAUUGAGUCGAUAAAAAAGGGUAUUUUGAAUGGCAACUUGGACGAAGAUGUAGUUGUCACUAGUUUUGAAAGAAUAGAAAAGCUACAAAAACAAUUGCCGACUUGGAAAGAAAUUUUUCCCGAUGGUAUAGCAUCAGCACAACAAAGCCCUACUUUGUUCAAAAAUGAGUAUCCGGAACAAUGGAGGCGACAUCAAGAAUUGGCAUCGUUGGCCUAUCAAAAGUCAAUAACCUUGGUGCGCGAUUACGGUGGCUUGCUUCCAUUGUCCAAGCACUACGAACAGACAUCGGAAGUUGAGUCAAUAUUGGUAUUGAGUCCUUUGCUAAGUCCAAUCUCACCAACACAAUCAAAACCAGGUAAACUUUUUACUGGCGAAGAAGUGUUCCAAAGUUUUGGUAAGUUUCUAUCCAAGCAUCCACUUAAUACGAGAAAAAAAUACGUUGUCUUGCAUACAACUUACACCGCGAAUGGUUUGACGCCACUCCACGAGUCAUUAAUCGAUAAAGCAAACGUUGUUGUUGUGUUUACUAGUGAAGCUGCGCGAAACAUGUAUCAAAUUGGUAUUGUCAAGUACAUUUCAGUACUAUGUGGAGCAAACCCGUCCUCAUUUGGAGGAAAACGGUCAAAGCCAGCCAAUCCUUUGCGAAAGCCAUUGAUUGUGGUUGCCACGCUGUCGCCUUACGACUUUUUCUAUGAUAAAUUGAUGGGCAGUGUGUAUAUUUGUUGUUAUGAUUACACAAGUAAAGCAUUGGAGAAUGUUGCUGCUCUACUAAUGGGUGACUUUGAACCACAAGGGUGUAUACCGGGUGAGCAACGAAACGCCACAAAAAGACGACACAGUCACGAUGAAGUUAAUGCCAAACAAAUCAAAAGAAAGUGGUUGGUUGAUGAGUUUGAUAUGGCAAGGGAUUUAUCUGGUUUGAUCAAAUUGUGGAAAGAAAUUGAAGGAGGGGAAGAUAGUGUCAAUAUGCAAGAUGAGCAAUAUUGCAAAAGAUUGGGGGGUCUUUUAUCCACCUCUAAUCAAAAGCAUUUUGUUGUGCGCAAUUCGUCAUUAAACAUCCUAUAUGGAGCUGUGUUGACGUGGUGUGAUGGCACUAUGGGACACAUACUCUUCAUUGUUGUUGAAAAGUCCAAGCGGUUGCAUAGCAUUGGUAAAAAUUUGAAUGCUAGAGCAGAGCGAUAUCUUACAAGAGAAAAGAACUGCAGCGAAAUCAGGUUGGGAUCUUCUUUCCCCCUUAUUAUGUUUCCAGGAAAUCUAAGUACUGGUAGCAAUUUGUUUUUGAGACGCCUUGGAUGGGAAAAUGACAAAUCGCCAAGAAAGUGGAUUUUGGUGUUGAAUGAGUUGAGUGGGUGGCUGGUACCGGAACGUAUUCUAAAAGAGUUGAUGAUUGUUGGUGUCAGGUUUGAUGUAUGUACUGGACAAAGUCAGUUGGAGAAAUUGAUUCAGAAGGGAAACCUAACACCUCAGUAUAGGGCUUUUUACAAAGAGGCCAUCAAAAACAUACCGUCGAGACUGAUACAUGAGGUUAAAAUUAUCAUUGCAUUGGAACCAAGUUCGCAAAACGUGAUUGGCAGUGUUAUAUUAUUCACCAAUAAAUCAGAGUUUUCCAAAUUCUUCCCGUUCAUUGAUCAGUGCAUUAGUGAGGACUUGCGAGAGAGUAGUAUUGCUGCUCCUGUAAUAGGAGGGAUCAUUGCACCAGUAAUUGAUCAACUGUAUGCCAACUUGGUGGAUAUCUUCAAGUACGGUUUGAUUUGUAGUGCCAUCACAAAGUUGAAGAACUACAUACUCGACGAAGAUUCAUUAGAUCAAUGCAUCAUGUGUGAUGUUGUUGAUGACGAAAAAACAAUAACAGGUAUACGCGAUAUCGGGUUUGAAAAAUGGAAAUACUACUACGAUUAUUAUGAUAAGAAGGCAACUCAGUGGAAGAAUUGA